CACGCGGGCAACAAUUAUCAGCCAAUCAGAGGCAGAGUAAGGCGGGUCACACCAUUGCGGCAGUACCGUCACCCCACCGCUAGGGUUCUGUGUUUACCUCCAGCUGGACUCCAUCCACAGCCUGGAGACAAACUAAUGUGAGCCACCUCGCCCCUCAAUCCUUUGCGGAUUUCCUGCAGCAGCCGCCGCCGCCGCCGUGUCGGUGACACAGUAAAGACAAAAGUUGAGAUGAAUAAGGAAAUCAUGUCACGCGUGGUGAAGAAGAGGCUGGCGGACCCCAAGGUGGUCCAGUAUGUGUGGGCGGCCAUCGAGGUCGUCCGCAACCAGAAACAAAUCGCAAACAUGGACAGGAUCUCCAAGUACCUGAGCCGCAUGUUCAGCAUGCACCCCAAGGAGACCGCCAGGCAGCUGAACCUGGCCGUGAAGGACGGCCUCGUGGUGGAGACGCUGACCGUUGGCUGCAAGGGCACCAAGACCGGCAUCGAGCAGGAGGGAUACUGGCUGCCCGGGGAGGAGAUGGAUCCGAGAGCCGAGGGAAGCAAGCAGGAGUGGGAGGCGGAGAGCCACGACUGGUACUGCUUCGAGUGCCACCUGCCGGGCGACGUCCUCUCGUGUGACAACUGCUUCCGGGUUUACCACCUCAAGUGUCUGUCGGAGGAGUUCAGGCCCAGAGAUGCAGGCUCCCACUGGCAGUGCGUCGUCUGCAGAGGCAGUAAAAAGAAGAACCUGAACAAACAGGAGAUGAGUAAAUACCUGCGUUUCAUCGUCCAGCGUAUGAAGGAGAGGGCAGUGGACCUGAACAAGAAAGGCAAAGACACCAAACACCCCAUGUACAAACGGCUGAUCCACACGGCGCUGGAGGUCUCGAACAUCCACGAGAACCUGUCUGAAGGAAAGUAUAAAAACUUUGAGGAGUUCAAAGCCGACGCUCAGCUGAUUGUUCACAACACGGCCAUCUUGUACGGAGUCCACAGCGACCAGGCGGAGAUCGCGCAGCUGCUCUUCAGCGACACGUGUCACGAGUUGAAUGAGCUGCUGUUGUGUAAGAACUGUUUCUACCUGUCCAACGCCCGGCCCGACAACUGGUUCUGUUACCCCUGUAGCCCCAACCACGACCUGGUGUGGGCCAAGAUGAAAGGCUUUGGCUACUGGCCCGCCAAAGUGCUCCAGAGGGAUGAAAGCCAGGUGGACGUCCGCUUCUUUGGCUACCAGCACCAGAGAGCGUGGAUCCCCGCGGACAACAUCCAGGACAUCAAGGUGAGCAUCCAGCAGCUGCAGGUGAAGCGCAGCAGCGGCUGGAAGAAGGCGUGCGAGGAGCUGGAGGUCUACCAGGGCUUCCUGCGGGACGGCCGCUUCUGGAAAACCAAGAUGGAGGAGAGCAGCAUGCCGUUACACCAGCCUCUGCAGCAGAGCCAGGACCAGGACCAGGACCAGGACCAGGAUCAGGACCAGGACCAGGACCAGAGCCCACAACAACAACAACAACAGCAGCAGCAGCAGGAGGGCAGCGGGAAGACGGACAGGCUGGAGCGGACGGACGAAGCCGAGUCCAGCAUCUCCUCCACCAGCAACGAGCAGGUCCGACAACUCAAAGGCAGCCUGGAGCCAAAGGCCAAGAAAAGCCGUCGAUCUCAGAUGGUUCAGCCCAAAGAAGAAGCCAGUUCUGUGCUCCGCCAGGACCCGGAGCCCGAGGUGGAGGCGGUCAGCUCCAGCCAGGAGAUCCCGGUGUCCUCGGCGCCGCCGCAGCCCGAGAAGCUGUCGGUGUCCACGCAGACCAAGAAGGCGAGCGGCGGGUCGCCGCGCACGCUGCACCGCGGCACCCAGACGAGCAGCGACGGCGCCUGCCUGAACAUGUGCCACGAGAAGUACACCAAGGUCUUCAACGACGUCAAGGAGAUGAUGAAGGCCGACAACAAGAGGGAGACGGAGAGGGUCGUCAGGGAGGCUCUGGAGAAGCUCCGUAUGGAAAUGGAGGAGGAGAAGCGCCAGGCGGUGAGUAAGGCGGUGGCCGCAGCUCAGGCGGAGAUGGAGAGGAAGUGCAAGCAGGUGAAGGAGAAGUGUAAAGAGGAGCUGGUGGAGGAGGUGAAGAAGGUGGUGGCCCAAAACAAACAGCUGAUCUCCCAGACCAAGAAGAAGCAGUGGUGUUAUAACUGUGAGGAGGAGGCCAUGUACCACUGCUGCUGGAACACCUCCUACUGCUCCAUCAAGUGUCAGCAGGAGCACUGGCACGCCGACCACAAACGAACCUGCCGCCGGAAGAGAUGAACAAGCCCCUCCCCCAACCCACCCCCCUUUGACCUUACACAGCACGCCAUUGGCUCUCGUCCUCUCCUCCGCCUGUCAGUCAGUGACACACACACACACACACACGCGCUCUCUUCCCUCCUGCUUCUCUACUUGCCUUUCUGAAAACUUUGUGGACUCGACGUUUUCUACGUGAAAAGAAGAGCAAUUUGUUCCCUUGUUGCGUCUCCAUUUGGUUUUCUAUUAUUUAAUAUACCCAUUGUAUUGAUUUCUAUCUUAUUAUUAUUGUCGUAGUGGUUUUUACUCCUGGAUCAUGGACAGAUUGCUCGAGAGCAUGGCUCAAAUGCAGAGUUAUCGUAUGAUUUUCUUUCUUCCUUUUUUUGUUGUUGCUUGUGUCAGAAUGUGUUAUUUAAGUGUGUCGUAACCGACGAGUGUUCACGGAAUACAUUUUAUUACCCGAGUUUUUUAAUAAAUACCGUUUCUUAACAAAUAAACGCCGUCAAACCGUACGAGAAGAAUUAAAAGAUACCGCGAGUACUUUUACAGCUUCAAACUAGCUCCGCUUUCAUAGAGAAAAACCUAUUUAAAAAAAAAAAAAACUUGCGACGUUGUAGACUUCAUGGCUCGCCGUGUCAGCAUCUUUUAUUUUUUCAUUAAACUAUUGAGGUGGACGACACCUUUCUUUUUAUCGUUUCUACCUAAAUCAUAUUACGUCACUUAUUGGGAACAGGGUCACAACGUCGUGAAAAGAAGUCGACAAAAUAAAUCUUCCAUAUAUUAUUAUAAUAUUAUUAUUAUGCACAUUUUGGGGCUCUUUUGUUUUCCAAUAGACUAGUUUUUAUGAGUCAGAUAUUUAAAAAUAACAAACGUUUGGAUUGGUUCUAAAUUGGGGAAAUGUAGAGCAAUCUUUCCUGAGCUGGAUCUUAGAGAGCUUCCAUGAUUUGAAAGUUUUUUGCACACUUAACCCAAAAGAUUCUAAUAUUGCCAAAAAACUAAAACUAACUAAAUCUGACAUUUGGUUGAACCGACCUGAAAAUAUCUGGUGAGUCCUCCUACGUCGAAAACAAUUAUAUAUAUAUAUAUAUAUUUUUUCCCAGAGCUUUGUCGGUAUAAUUCUUUUGGGAACCUCUGGAGGAAAGUGAGAAACGAAAAUAUUCGGCAGAUCCAUUUUAGUCUGAUUUUAAAAUAGUUUCUGAUUCAGAUUUAAAAACGGUGUUUUGUUGUUUUUAAUACCCGUCUUGGCCACAAGGGGCAGACGUGCGCCACGACCCCUGUUCUAAAUGGGAAUAAUAGUGUUCAUGUCUCAUUUAUAUAACAUGUAAACACACGACAUCUCAUUUCGGCCUCUUGUGGCCGCAGCGAGUAACUACAACAACAAACACGAGGAGGGAAAAUGUUCAUCGGAGAUUAAAACUAAUUAAAAAGGAGCUGAGACCUUUGUCCCUCCUCUUCUUAAGUCGUGAACAAAGAAAGGAAAACAUCUCCUCUAGACAUGUUCUUCCUCUCGGGGCUCCCCUUCUUCUAUUGACAUUUUUUUUUAAUGACCGACACUCUUUUCAAAAAACCUAAAGUGACUUUCACUGCGUAUGCUGUAGUUGGUGGUCAGUGCCUGUCUCUAUUGUUUUUCUUUUGCGCCCAGCAAAGCGAAAUGCAUGUUGAUGGUUUCAUAGUUUGUCUUUUUAUUUUAUUUUUUUAAUACGGUUUAAAAAAGAAAAAAGAAGAAGACCAGAAGCUCGCUGGUGUUCAGUAAGCAGUGACGACGGAUGGACCAAUAUAACACUUUAUGCAAAUGUGAAUGAUCAAAUUAACUUUCUCUAAAGCUUUUCCCUGCACUGGAAGUUGCGUGGCGUUGGUGUGUAGAUACGGUGCUCGGAAACCUUUCAUUUUUUAAAUUUUUUAUUUGCAAUAAAAUUGCCUGUUUAUUUUUGUUUUGUUUUCAUUUAGAGUGAGAAGUGACACUCUUACGGUUGGUUGACGUGAUGACGAUCGACUGAACGGAGGAACGUCGUUCAGUUACUCUUCUUUCUUUUAACAGGUGGCGAAAGAAAUACCGUAAAUUCUCAUAUAGUGGGGCAGGACCUUUUUUUAAAUUACAUUUUUAUUCAUCUCAACUAAACUUUUAUAUCUUAACGCCUCUUCAUGUCCUUUUUUUUUUUAAAGAACCUGUUGCUGCUUCUUGCUGUAAAUUACAUUUAAAGACUUCAUUUUUAAUGCUUCAGGUGCAAAAAACAAACUAUUACGACGUAGUAUUUGUACAACAUGUUCAUGGUGACGCGGUUACAAUGCUUCAUGCUACACAUCUGCAAACGGACAAAACUAAAGUGUUUUUCAAUGAUUUAAUACUUUUUAACCUGAUGUAUAUAUAUAUGUGUAAAGUUCUCACAAUGCUGUACAUACUGUGACUCAAGUGUGUACUUUAAACUGAUAUUGGUGGACUGUUUUGCAGGUGUUACAAAAUAAAUCCUCACGCUUCAACGUUUUGUACCAAUAAGAAAUGAGACAAGUAAAAAAAUAUAUAUAUUGAAAUUAUGACUUUAUAACGCAACUUUACGAGAAAUUUUUAGUUUAUUUCAAGUCCUCUGUGAUAUUCUAUUUCUACAUUUACUGUUGGAAAGUAUUGCAAAGGACUUCAACGCCGAAUAAUGUUCACUAAAGACGGAACGCGAACGUAUUAUUAACGUUUGAUUUGAUUCAACGCUUAUCAACAUUGUGGCAAAUGUACUUUAAUCAGAAUCUCGUUCUUUGACCGUUGUUAAAGGUUUUCGUUGGACGUUAGAAGCGUUUCAUAAACGUCUGGUGUUUAUGUUUUUAUUAAAACCAACAUGUGCGUCUCUCAAUACCGCCCCACUUCCUGUCUGGCUCCAAGCUCUCUGGUUCCUACUACGUAGAACUAUAUCUGAAUAAAUACAGUGAGAUUUAGUUUGUUUUGACCCAAACAUACAAAUUUGUUAUUUUAAAAGUUUUUGUUGUUGUUGCUUUGAUGCAGCGAAAUAUAUCAAAUUAUUAAUCUGCUUUGAACCACUAUUGGAGAAUUUACGGUACCCGUCAACUUUAAAUACUUCAAACCGAGUCUUUCUUUUGGAAACUCAUUUAAGUGUAUCACUUUAAGAUGUAACAUGUUAUUGUACAGUUUAAACCGGCUUUCUAAAUCUACAUUUUCUUUUCUUCUGGAAAGAGUUCUUCCACCGUUCUCUUGUCCCCCUCCACGGUUUUCUGGUUUAGUCUCGUCGUCAUUGCACUACGUGUAAAUACAUUUUCUUCCUGCUUCCUAUAUUAUAUGUACAUUGUAAAUGUAUUCACGAAGACUCAAAUUCAGUUGUAUUUUUCUGUGUUCACAGUGAUCUGGAUGACUGUUGGUUCUAGUUUUGUACAAUGUACAACCGUUUAUCGUGUCGACGUCUGUCGCUCCGCUCUCUUGAGGUUUUAUUAUUUUUAAUUUUUAAAACACAGCGAGAGCUUCGCCUCACGAUUUUUAUCUGAAUAUUUCAAGAUGGAAGACAAACUAUUGUUUGUUCUCCCCAAACUGACACAUUUUUAUGGACGGUGACACCUUUUUCUUUUUUUAAAUAUUCGUCCAUCCAGCCGUAAAAAAAAAGAAGAAAAAAGAUUUGUGUGAAAACUUUUGGGAAACUCAUUCCAGUUUUUGUUUUAUGUUUUUUUUAAACUGCAUGAGUAUAUAUGUAUGUUUCCUUAUCUGUCCCUCAGAAAAAAAUACCUUGUUUCACUCUGUUAGAGUGACGCAAUAUGACGAUGAUGUAUGUUUUUAAUUUCUGGAACUUUCGUCUUUUGAAGCUGUUAAAAAACUGAGUAAUGGAUCAAAUCGCUGGUCUCAUUCCCUAGUUCCGUGUUCACGGUACUCGCGCGGUACCGUGUACACAGUACUCAUGCAGUACACGGUACCGUGUGCACGGUACUUGCGCGGUACCGUGUACACGGUGCCGCGUACACGGUGCCGCGUGGGUACUAGAUGACAUCACAGGGUCGUUCUGUGCUUCCAUCUGGAAUAAAACCAGCGCGAGGUCCUCUCUGUUCUCUGUAUCCUCUGUUCUCUCUAUCCUCUCUUCUCGUUGCUCAUCUUCUCUCCUGUCCAUAUGUUAACUAUUAAUUGUGGCUUAACAUUUUCUAUGCUCCUGACAUUUUAUUUUAUUUUGUAUGCUUUAGCUAGCAAUAUGUAUAUAAAUAUAUUCUAACAUGGAGGAAAUAAAUGUAUCAACAAGU